GCUAUUUUCAUUAAAGAGUCGUGUAUUUUGACCGAUUUGACGAAAAUAGCCCUCGACAAUGGAAAAAAUCGAAUAGCUAUAUACGGUUUCUUUCGUAUUUUUAUCCAAACAAAAAAAAGAGUCUACAAAGUUGCAGAUGAAAUUGUCGGCCUGAACAUAUAUUGCAAUCUUCUUGUAAAUAUGUGCAUCGGUUAUAUAUAUGGUAUUUCGCCGAUGAGAUCAUCAACUUGAUUUGAUAGUUGGUACAAUUUGCUUUGCAAAACAAAUUUUGGAUAAUUAGAAAUGUAGCCGCUAAAAGCCACAGUACACGAGUGUGAAAAAUAUAUUAGUUAAACGAAACUAAAUUUAGCUUAUAGUAUGACUACACACGCAAUGCUAUUUUAAAAACCAAUAAAAACAUUGUUUGCGAAAGCAGCAGCUCAACGACUUACACGCGCGGCAUAAAAAAUAAGUAAAUAUAUAGCUGAUUAAAUUUGAAAAGAACAUUCAUUGUAAAAUUUACGCUUGAAGCGAGUCGUGCGUGCAGUAUAUAUAAUUACCGUAUAGGCAAACGUCAGACAUGGUCGGCUCUUUUUCGAGCCCAUCGAAAAUAAAAUGCCUUGGCUCUUCUACGCGAGAGCGUGUAGCGUAUAUAUGCAUAGUUCACUGCACAUACGACCCACCUGCUAACAUUCGUUGAAUCAGAAUGUAGGCCGCUCAGGGUGGAGGCCGCUGCCGCGCGCGACUCACCACGAGCGAGCACUGCGAGCAGAGCUAUCGAGUAGCGUCAGAGUAAAAGGCAGAGCCCAGAGCAGCUGGAGCGCGUCAGCCGAGCGGACGAACGUACACAGAAGAAACCCUUUGUAUCAUAAUAGCAAGACAACGAUGUUGAACCUCUGCCGACAGUCAUUUUUCGCCAACGCGCAACAAAUUAAUACAAGAUGUAUAGCAUCUAUUGUACCCUUAACACAACCAAAGGAGUUUCCUUUGGUAAACGAGCCUAUCUUAGGUUACAAAAAAGGCAGUCAAGAGCGAGCAAACCUAGAGAAAGCUUUGGAUAAAAUGACUGGUGAAUGUGAAGAUAUUCCCAUAGUUAUCAAUGGCAAAGAAAUCAGGACAGACCGUGUUAAAUAUCAAGUCAUGCCACAUAAUCAUCAGCACAAGAUUGCCAAGUAUUAUCAUGCUACACCAGAGCUGAUCCAACAAGCUAUUGAUAGUUCCGUUAAAACACAAAGAGAGUGGGAUAAAGUUCCUUUUGAAAGCCGUUUGGAUACUUGGUUAAAGGCUGCUAAUUUGAUGGCAACAAAGUACAGACAAGAAUUGAAUGCAUCUACAAUGCUUGGCCAAGGCAAGACUGUCAUACAAGCAGAAAUUGACAGUGCUGCAGAACUUAUUGAUUUCUUCAAGAUGAAUUGUUACUUUGUUAAAGAAGCUCUGAAAUAUAAGCCCAUUUCUCCAAAUCCUAAGGAAACUCUAAACUCUAUGAGAUAUCGGGGAUUGGAUGGAUUUAUAGCAGCAGUUUCUCCUUUUAAUUUUACUGCCAUUGGUGGUAACCUGAGUUACACACCUGCUCUGAUGGGUAAUUCCGUUUUGUGGAAACCAUCUGACACUGCUGUUUUAUCUAAUUGGUGGAUCUAUAAGAUUUGUAAAGAAGCAGGUGUACCAGAUGGAGUUGUCAAUUUCAUACCAGCCCAUGGGCCAGAUUUUGGAGACACCAUUACAAACUCACCAUAUCUUUCUGGCAUCAAUUUUACGGGUUCUGUUCCAACAUUUAAUCGACUUUGGGCGCAAGUUGGAAAAAAUGUGAAUAAAUAUAAGAAUUAUCCCAAACUGAUCGGCGAGUGUGGUGGCAAAAAUUUUCAUUUUAUACAUCCCAGUGCAGACGUUGAGUCAGUUGUGAAGGGAACUAUAAGAAGUGCGUUUGAAUAUAAUGGCCAAAAAUGUUCGGCAUGUAGUCGAAUAUACGUGCCUGAAUCACUUUGGAGCGAGAUAAAGGCCGGGCUUUUGUCCAUUCGCGACAAAUUAAAAAUGGGAGAUCCUCGUGAUUUUUCAGUAUUUCUUGGAGCAGUGAUUGAUGCUACAGCUUUCAAAAGAAUUUCCGGUUAUAUUGAUCACGCUAAGAAAUCUUCCGAUCUAGAAAUUAUCGGUGGAGGAAAAUAUGAUAACUCACGUGGUUAUUUCAUUCAACCUACCAUAGUACAAACUAAGAACCCUAAAGAUAAGAUAAUGACUGAGGAAAUCUUUGGACCUGUUUUAACUGUUUACGUUUACAAAAAUUCAAAUUUAAACGAAACUAUGAAAUUAGUCGAAUCUUCCACGCCAUAUGCGUUAACUGGAGCAAUAUUUUCGCAAGACGAGCAAUGGGCAAAGCAAGCUCUAGAAGAGUUUAAAUAUUCUGCCGGCAAUUUUUACGUAAACGAUAAGUCAACGGGAUCUGUUGUUGGUAACCAACCUUUCGGAGGUGGUCGAAUGUCUGGAACAAAUGAUAAAGCUGGUGGUCCUCAUUAUGCUUUAAGAUGGUCAUCGCCUCAAUCCAUCAAAGAAACUUUCGUACCUCUUACAGAAUAUGACUACGAAUAUAUGCGUUCAUAAUUUAUUUAAAAGUAUGAAUGAAAGGAUUUUGUUUGCAAUAUUGAAUGUUUGAGUUGCCCAUCAGUAAUGCUAGAGUUAUUUUUAUGUAUUUUUCAUCCAAAAGUCCCGAUUUUGACGGUACAUUUACAAUACAGACAGGGACUGAUUUAUAAUUUUUAUUCUGACAUUAAAACGUAUUAUUCAGUUUUGUAGAAUAUUUUAGUUCCUUUGAAAUGCCAAACAUUCAACUUACGUAAAUUUUUGACGAAUAUAUAAUAGGAAAGAGACUGUAGUUAAGACUCCAAGCAGAGAAUGCAUGAAUUUUCUACAGACAAGUGAUAAAAAUAUAAAUAAUACAUGUAAAAUUCUGAUUUGGAAGCUUUUGUGACUAAUAGAAAUAUGCAUAUAGUUUUUAUCGAUAUAAUCAAGCGAGGCGAGAUGAAAGAAUUUAAUAGAUUUUCAUCGAUUAGCAGUACUUUUUGUGUAUUGUUUUAUAACUUUCACAAAUAAUAUAUUGUUAUAUGCCAAUAACGUAUGGGCAUACGAUUAUGCUCAUAGGCAAGAUCUGUUACACUGUAAUGUUUGUAAAAUUGUGUAUAAAGAAUGACCGUAGAAAUAUAAUAUUUCCAAUGAUCUAAAACUCAGUUUUAACAGCGCCUCCAACCUAUACGAGAUUGUAUUAUGACAGAAUCAUAUAACGUACCGUGGCUAUUGUGAUUUAAUUUAUUUUUAUUGCAAAUUAAUCAUAAUUCAAA